AUGGGUCAAGCCGCCGGCCUCUCUGUCCACUCGUCCUCUCCUGAUCUACCGGUACCUUCCAACAUCAACAUCAUGACUCUACUGCAUAACGGUUUCCCCCUUUCCAUCAUGGAGCAACUUUCGAAUGCUCCUCUGAGCGAUGAUGACGAUCGCGAAUCGUCGUUGAACCGCUUUGGGAGCAAUUCUUCGAAUGAGUCUGGCCGUCGUGAAAGAUCGUACUACGGAGGUCGUGAUACUGACCGCUUCUUCGGUGGUGCGUUCGAGGGAGAUGAGAGCGAUGACGAUGUGGAUGGCGUAGACGAUGAACCACCUGCUGAGCUAGUUCCACUUGGAAUGCGCGGUGGCAGUGGUUCCUCGAAUGUGCGCAGUCCCAGAAAUCGAACCCGCAGUGGAUCACAUCAGCACAAGCCUGGCUUCUUCGACUUCUACAAACUUACGCAGGAGAAGCUGGGUGCGGGAGCGUACGCGAGUGUCCGAACUUGUGUGUCAAUUGCCUCUGGGAAGGAAUAUGCCGUGAAAGUUGUUGACAAGAACGAGGAAUCGCACACGCGAUCGCGAAUUCUCCGAGAAGUGAAUACGUUCAAGAUGUGCAAGAAUCAGCCGAACAUCGUCCAACUGAUUGAGUGGUUCGAAGAUGAUGGAAACUUCUACAUGGUGUUUGAAAAGAUGCGUGGUGGUCCUUUGCUUGAGCACAUCAUUCGCAAAGGAUAUUUCACCGAAGAAGAAGCCCGCCGUGUGACUGUGGAUAUAGCAACCGCUCUCAAGUUCCUCCACGAUCGAGGAAUAGCACAUCGAGACGUGAAACCAGAAAACAUCCUAUGCACUGAGCCCGAUCGGGUGAGCCCUGUGAAGUUGUGUGAUCUGGAUCUGGCAAGCCGUCCCGUCAAAGGUCAUUCACCCCCGAGAAUGCCACAGAUCGCUUCGGAGCCGGAUCUCGCUUCACCAGUUGGAAGUGCUGAAUUUAUGGCUCCUGAGGUUGUCGAUGCAUUUGUCAACGAUGCGCUGCGGUACGACAAACGUUGCGAUAUGUGGUCACUUGGAGUUAUCCUCUACAUCAUGCUUUGUGGAUAUGCUCCAUUCCAAGGGGAAUGUGAUGACGAGGACUGCGGCUGGUCUGAUGGACAACCAUGUGACGACUGUCAGCAGGAAUUGUUCCGCCGCAUUCAAUGCGGUGAGUACGACUUCCCAGCUGACGAAUGGGACAUGAUCAGCGCUGAGGCGAAACAUCUUGUCAGCAGUCUAUUGGUGAAGAACGUGAGCGAGCGGCUCACUGCCAACGAAGUUCUCGACCACCCUUGGGUUAAGCAGAGCGCACCAAGCACUAUACUGCAAACUCCGAGUAAUCUGUUCAGGAUUGAUUCUGCUCGUGAUGUGCAGCAGAUGAGCGAGCAUUUCAACGUGAUGAACCGUCUCGUGGCAGCUCGUUUGAGCUCACGUCUUGAGAAAAUCAGCAUGAAUGAAGAUGAACAGGAGAGUACAACUGAUUCGGUCAGCAGUGCAAGCCCUACUGAUCCACCACCGACUCAGAUGUACGAGAACGACCGCCAGGUUCCUCAAGCGCUGCCUUUGUUCAUGAUGCCUCCAGAAGCUUUCAUGGAUCCAUUCAGUGGAAUGAUGAUAUAUCCUCCCGGUAGUGAGCCACCAUCUCCGGCAAUCAGCGCGAAAAAUCGCCUGAAUGCCACUAAAUCGAUUUCUGAUGAAGGUUCCAUAGCUCGCAAAGGCAGCUUUGUCAAGACUGUAACGCCUCGUUCUUCACUUCUUCGUGCUCGUAACAGCGCCAGCGGUAUUCGUCGUUACAUUGCUAGCGUGUCUCGCGGGCCUACUCCGGAGACUUGUCAGGGUGCAGUUGUUAGACAGGAAUCACUAUCCGAUCUACUCGCUCAGCAACACCGUGAAACUGAAGUUAACGUGUGA